AGGACAUGUGAUGGACUGACAAAGGUGUUACAACUGAUCUCUGAGUCCUUAAUAAUAAGUGCACAUUCAGAAAAAUUGAUGGCAAUGAAAGAUGAGGCUCUUAUGCUUCAAAGGUAUGAAGAAGUAAUCAACUUCAGUGAGCAGACUAUGGGACAUGCCGAAGUUAAUGCUUUAUCUUCUGGAGUCAAUUUACAGCCAAACAAAGAAGAUAACUCUGGAUAGCAGCAACUCAGACUCUUCCACAUCACUGUAUGCCUCCAUAUGUGAGCUGUUACGCCUUAAAGCUGCUGGAAAUCAAGCCUUUAAAGAGGAAAGACAUCUUGAUGCAAUAAAGCAUUACAGUGCUGUUUUAGCAUUUAAUAUUGAAUCACGUCCUUUUGCAGCAAUAUGCCUCUGUAACCAUGCUGCUGCAUAUCAAGCUGUAGGCCAAAUUACUGAUGCAAUUGCAGAUUGCAGUGUGGCCAUAGCCCUUGAUGCUACCUAUCCUAAGGCACUUUCUAGAAGGGCUUCCUUAUAUGAGAGGAUCACAGACUAUGAACAAGCAUCUAAUGAUCUGCGCAGACUUGUGUCCCUUUUGGAAAAGCAAAUUAAAGUCAAGGAUAACCAAGCCGGUACUUUGGAAAGUGCUGUCCCUAACCAAAGUGAUUUAUGUCAAGCUCGGUUGCGGCUUUCUAUUACGGAGGAAGAGGCUAGGAAAGAUAUCCCUUUGGAUAUGUACCUUAUUUUGGGAAUUGAAUCAUCGAGCUCUGUAGCAGAUAUAAAGAAGGCAUACCGAAAAGCUGCAUUGAGACAUCACCCAGAUAAGGCUGUUCAGAUCUUGGUCAGGAGCGAAAAUCUUGACAAGCUUCGGAGAGAAGUGGCUGAAGAAGUCCAUAGGGAUGCUGAUAGAUUGUUGAAGAUGAUUGGAGAGGCAUAUUCUGUACUUUUAGGACCCUCAAGGAAUAAACCUACUAAACUUUAAGAGAAUUAAAGUGACACUUGCCUCCCUUCGUUAAGGUUUAUGAUAGACAACAGAAUAGAAAAGAAGCACGAAAUGAGUUGCAUCUCGUUUGUCCAUAGGAUAGAUCACAUUGGUACUUCAUAGUUUUGAAUGGUAGUUAUGAAAAGAGAAAACACACAUUGUACAUAAGGUACGUGUUUAUGCGGAAGUAUAGUGUGCUUGUGUUUGAUCUUAUGUUA